CUCUCUCUCUCUCUCUAUCUCUCUCUCAGAUUCUGCAAUCACUUUGUUUUGUGUGUUUGUGUGAAUCUUUUGUGAUUAUAAGGGGCAAUGCCGUUGGCCAUUUGCUUUUCAAGCAGUCUUCUCCAACUCUUUUUGACACCGACAUCUUUAUCUUCUCUUUUCUUGCUUGUUCAAGAUUUUAACGUUCUUCCUAUGAAGAAGUGAAAAGUUUCCCAGAUACCAGCGAGAAAGCAAAAACAAAAGGAAUCAUGGCUCACCAGGACGAAGGGUGGCCGUUGGGAUUGAGACCGCUGAAUGCGAGAGUUGGGUUGAUCAGAAACCGGGAUUUGUCCGGUGGGUCGGUCUCAUUCAGCACUUUGAUCACUGCCUCUCCGACUUCCUCCAUCGCCUCUUCUUCUUCUUCGUCCUCAGAUCUUGAAACAGAGCCAACUGAAUCUUUCUUCCAUGACAAGGGCAUCACACUGGGGAGCCUCAUCGGCGUUUCCGGCAUCCUAGAUCUCUCCGGAAGAUCUACACGGAGAAGGACAACAGAAACCUCCAAGAACAAAAAGAACCGUAAAACCAAACCUUGGUUGUUUUCCUUCUGCUCCAAGCUAACCAAUGACUCUGUGAACGUGAGCAAUGAUACUCCAUCACUAGGUCACUUUCUUGAGGCAGAAAGGAGAGCAAGUACCCACAACACCAACAGAAGAAAUCACGUCGCUCCAAUCGAAUAUGGCCCCGAAGAUUUCUCACCGGCAGUGCCGGUUUCCGGCCCCAACGGGCUGUUUGUGGACGGUGCGGUUGCCGCUGCUCUGCCAAGUCCUUCAGAGAGUGGAGAUGGUGGAUCAAGAUCCAACAGAGAGUUAUUAGAAUAUGGCAAUGGACUUGGAACUCCAUUACUGCUUUCAUGUUUGCGUGGAAAACUCGUUAAAUGAUCACUUACAUUAAAAUUUCAGAUUCCAUGUUGUUUAAAAGAGAGGACUUUCAUUAAUGGAGGGAUCUUUUAUUAUUAAUACAGGUCUUUUGAAUUUAAUUAUAAUUAAACUCU